UAUCACGUGACACGUAGGUGUGUUUACACUCUUACUGUUUACUUCCGUGUUGUUGAGUUAAAAUCUGUAAAAUGUCUCAUCAAACCGGCAUUUCAGCUUCUGAUGAAUUGAAGGACUUCCUUUCACAUUCAAGAGAUGGCGGAUUCAGACUGAUAAAGAUUGCCAUUAAAGAUGAGAAAUUAGAGCUAGCAAACAGUGAAAAGGCUAGAGGAACUUGGGAAGAAGAUUUUAAUGACCUUGUGUUGCGCCAGCUGGAGGAGAAGCAGCCAUGCUAUAUCUUAUACAGACUAGACUCCAAGAACAACCAGGGAUAUCUGUGGAUAUUUAUAGCUUGGUCUCCAGAUUUUUCUCCUGUAAAAGAGAAGAUGAUAUAUGCGGCCACAAGAUCCACUAUGAAGACAGAGUUUGGCACGGGAAUAAUCCAGGAAGAAAUGUUUGGAACUACAGAGGCUGAUGUGAGCCUGGCAGGGUACAAGAAGCACCUGGAGCACCAGUCAUCACAGGCCCCACUCACAGCAGCCGAGGAGGAGCUCGAAUAUAUCAAGCACAACGAGACACGGACAGAUAUUCACAUAGACACGAAGCAUCAGACAAUGAAGGGUCUGGCAUUCCCCAUUUCGGACGAGGCUGCACACAAAAUAGUCGACUUUCACCAGGACAAGAUCUCCUAUGUGCAACUGAAGUUGGACCUGUCUGGUGAGAGUAUUGAGUUGUCAGACAGUGGCAAUGUCUCCACAGCCCAGCUCCCUGGCAAGAUCCCCACGGACGGAGCUCGAUACCAUCUCUUUACAUUCAAACACACACACGAGGGAGACUUCCUUAACUCUAAAGUGUUUAUAUACUCCAUGCCUGGAUACAAGUGCCCAAUCAAGGAACGGAUGCUCUACUCCAGCUGUAAAGGCCCAUUUGUUUCCCAGCUUGAACAACAGCUUCAGCUUCCCCUAGAGAAAAAGUUGGAAAUAGACGAUGCAGAAGAGUUGACUGAGGAAUUUUUGUAUGAUGAGCUCCACCCAAAGAAAAACAUUGCCACCAUGAAAUUUGAAAAGCCAAAGGGUCCCCAAAAACGAGGGCCAAGAAAACUGUUAAAGACCGCUGAAUAAGACAUUAAGUGCAAUUAGUUUUACCUUGUUUAUGUUCAUUUUGCUCUUUUGAUGUUGUUUUUGUUGGCUUCUAGCCAUGUGUUAUGAUUAUUCCAAGCCAACCGAACGCAAUAUGUGGCGAAAUCAUUUUCCAAUUAUGUGCAAAUUUUGAUGAUUGAUUUCAAUGUUGUCGGUAUUGAGUUUUAUUUUGUAUAAUUUCACAAAAAUGUAAGAUGUAAAUGAACAAUAUUUGAAGGGAAAGCUGAGCUACAAAUGUUUGAAGAACAUUACUGUGGCAUCAAGCCAAAAAUUACAAGGUCAAAUUAGCGGUUUCUAAAAUGUUCCAAGUAUUUUUGAUUGAUUAGAUUUUGUGAUUAGAGAAUUAGAAAAUUUUAAAGAAUAUGCUCCGAUUGAUUUUGAGAAUAUUGUACAAUGUCACUGAAAUGCUCUAAGGUUGUUAAAUGUAAUACACGAUAUGGUCAGAAUUGAUAUGCAUUUAUUUUGUCACCAAUUUAUUUUUGGACAAAAUGACUGUAUUUCAACCUUUGAAUAGAAUAAUUAUUUAUUUUUUCCAUGCAUAAUUUUACGCACUGCGACCUAUGUUAAAAGCCUUUGUUGUCUGUAUAUUUUAGUUUCCCUGUUUUAUAUUGUAAUUUAUUAAUAUAUAACGGUUAUAACCCUUACCCUAACCAUAUGUGAUUUAUGGUUAAACUGACUGCUACUGGGUUAAAAUUCCACCUCGAUUUUGUUUCUUCUAAAAGUAAUUGUUCGUCCACUUGAGAUGUUGAUAUUCACUGUGUACAAGUUAAUCCAACCCUCACCUUGGUGCUUCAUCUUUCCCAUAUAAAUAAGCUGGAACUGUUGUGAAAACCAUAUCAUGAUACUCAUGUAUGCCUUCUCUCAUCUUGCUGCACAUUUUGGCCCUCUUAUCAGAAGCAUAUGGCUAAGUAUGGUUCAGAGCCACUCAUUUCAAUUAUACACUUUGAAAGUGUCACAAAAUAAAUCCCAAGUGUAAAUUUUAAUUAUAAUAAACUUUGUCUAGACUGUUUUGAAACAUACAUAAAAAGUUCCCCCCAAAAAACAGAUUAAAAAAAUGCUUGUGUAAUAAUGUUGCUGACAAGACAGGCCACAAUGAGUGGACUGUGUGUACGGAACUUGUAUGACCUUCAUAUACAAUUAUUCUCAUUCUGUUACGUCGGUUACAAAUGAAUGUGAGCAAACUGAUUUGGUCUAUAUUUCGCGGGCCAAGUGCAGGACAGUUGUAACUUCAUAUAGCAAUAGAAGGCAUUUUAAAAGUCUUUCACUAAGCCCUUGAUUUGUGGGAAAUGACUGAUCAUUUUCAAAAACACUAUCAUAUUUUUCAAUAAUGCAGAUAGCAUACAUAAAUAAUUUUUCCGUUUUAACUUAUAAGCUAGUUUAUCUCAAGAUUAAAGAUGUAACAGUAUAUCUGCAAAGUCAUUUAUUUACUUAUGAAAACUGUCAGAUAGAUGUUACAUUUGUUAUCUAUAGUAUUCACUUUACAUUGGCUGAAUCAGGGAGCUUAUAUUCACACUUGUGAACUGUCCGAUUCUGUUGUUAUAUUGGAAUGAAAUAUGAAAUAAAAACAUAACAUAUA